ACCUGCUCCCCCCUCAGAGAAACCGAUGAUGACUGAGAACAGUGAGAUGGAGAGCGACUCUCCGCUCCAGCGCUCCCCGAGCGCCGUGCCCAUCCAGCCCGUGUCAUCCAAGCUCCAGCGGCUAAAGCGCUCGCUGUCCUUCAAGACCAUGAUGCGCAGCAAGAGCGUGGAGAACUUCUUCCAGAGGUCGUACAGCGACGCCCGCCUGCCGCUGGACUUCAUCACCGACCCGCCGCCGCCGUCCCCGCCGCCGGCGCCGGGCUCCCCCGUCGUCGUCGUCGGCCAGCGCUCGCCGUCCGUCUCGCCGUCCGUCAGCCCCAACCCCUCCAUCUCGUCCCACUCGCCGUCGCUCAGCCUGUCGCCGUCGCUGCCCGCCAAGCCGGCCCGGCCGCCGGUCAACCACUGCUUCCAGGACCACGUGUUCCGGAAGCCCACCAACUGCCAGCACUGCAAGCACAUGAUCGUGGGAAACUCCAAACAAGCCCUACGGUGCAAAACCUGCAAGAUGGCGGCUCACCUGUGGUGCACCUCCGAGCUGUCGCAGCAGACGUGUCACGGGAAGUCUGGAGCCUUCAAGAGAAACUUCAGCUCGCCGAUGCUGGUCAACGACCAGCUGGCCGUGGUGAAGGAGGUGCAGCCGAGCCAAGAGGCUGUGCGGACGCGUGUAGACCCUGUGUACGCCGCCCUGCGCUACGGGACGUCUUUGGCGCAGAUGAGCCGCUCCAGUUUUGGCAGUUUGUCAGAAUCGCCGACUCGCAGCUUGGGGGAGGGAGGAGAGGACAGGCCGCAGAGGCAGAGCAGCACGGAGGAGGAGAUAACUCAGGAGGCAGGGGAUCCUCCUGCCGCCCCGGAGCCCGAGAUGGAGAAGGAGGCGGAGGAGAGCGGCGACCAGGCCCAGACGCCUGCAGAGGUGCCGCGGCGCAUCGAGGUCCACUCCAUCCACACCUACGUGGCGCUGUACCGGUUUCUGCCUCAGGAGCAGAACGACCUGGAACUGCACCCCGGCGAUCGAGUGCAGGUCACUGACGACUCCAACGAGGAGUGGUGGAAGGGUAAAAGCGGCGACCGAGUCGGGUUCUUCCCCGCCAACUUCGUGCAGCGGGUCCGGCCCGGAGAGCGGGUGUGGAGGGUCCUGCAGGGCGUCAACGGCAGCCGAGGGAGGGGCCACAUGGCGGUGAAGGAGUCCCAGAUCUGCGUGGGGAAGCGAGACGACGGCGAGCUGUUCCUGAAGCUGAGCAGUGGGAAGAAGAGAGGCCUGGUGCCCGCCGACUCCAUCGAGGAGAUCUGACCCCCCCACUCCUCCUUCUAACUCCCCUGAUCGCCUCCGCCUGCCCCCCGCCGGGGGGAGAGGCGCCACGGCUCCUCCAGCUUCUCCUCCACGGAGGAAGAACUCGCGGCGGCGCCGGAUUGGCCGCCUGUCGGCCAUGUUUCUGCCCCGUUCUCUGUAUAUUCUGCCGAACUGACCUGCUGGAUGCUGCUGAUGAUUCGUCUCGUAUCGCACAUAUCAGACCUGCUGGGAUCUUUCUGCCCGCCCAGCAGGGGGGGGGGGUCUCCGCCCCGGGAGCUGAUUUCUGCAGCAGGACCAGAUGAAAGGAGUCCCGGCCGUUUGGAAACCCUCGCCGCUCUCAGGCUCCGCCGGAGCCUCGCUCGCCAAUUCGGUUUCAGCAAAGCGAGACACUUUUCAAAGUGAAACUCGAGGCUCUGGGCGUCUUUUCACAGGAAAUUCAGAAGCUAUUUUUUUUCCUGACUUU